AUGAGUAAAGUUAUUGCCAAGAGCAUUAAGUACAAUCCCGAGACUGAGAAGUUGAUCACAUUGGGUGCCGGUUGUUUCUGGGGUACCGAGCACAUAUAUCGUAAGCACCUAGGUGACAAGAUACAUGACAGCAAAGUUGGUUAUGCCAACGGUGACGAGAGCUCCAAGGACCUUUUGAACAGGGUCUCCUACAAGAGGGUCUGCAAAGGUGACACUAACUUCUGCGAAGUUCUACAGAUUUCUUACGACCCUAAGAAGGUCUCCUUGAAGGAAUUGAUCGAUUUCUUCUUCAGAAUCCACGACCCAACCACGGUCAACGCACAAGGUCCAGAUGUUGGUACUCAGUACAGAAGUGCCAUCUUCACACACUCUCCAGAAGAUUUGAAAGAAGUUCAGAAGUUGAAGGAGGAGUGGCAACCAAAGUGGAACAACAAGAUUGUUACCGAGGUCGGCCCUAUCGAGACUUUCUAUGAAGCCGAGGAGUACCACCAAAUCUACCUGGACAGAAAUCCAAACGGUUAUGCUUGUCCUACACAUUUCGUUAGAAACUUGAAAUGA